ACUUGUUCUCAAGUAGCUGAGCAAUAUUUACUGGUAUGCCACCCCCAAAACAAUCUCCACCAAAAAUAAAAGUUGAAAAGGAAAAUAUCAGCCCAACUGACUAAUCUUUGCCAAAGUUAAGAGCAUUGGAAAACAGGGUCUUAUAAUGAAGUGUUGGGGGAUGGGACAUAUUUCAGGUAAACCAUUGGCCAUGUUUCAUUUCCUGUGUUACGUUCAUUUGUUCUCUUAACUACCAUCUGCUGAAAAGCUGUCCAGAACGGUCAGUAACAGCCACACAGAUGAAUGCGCUGAUACACUCAGUGCUUCAAAAAACACUUCUACUAGCACCAGUUUUAGUUUCAACAUCUUCAAGCCAACUUCAUUUUCAUGCCAGACCGCUGAAUUCACCUGGAGUUAACUAUAAAGCCAAGGGACCUGGGAGGCAUUCUUCCAUGGAGUUCCCAUUUUAUCAUGGAAACAUAACGAGAAAAACCUGUGAAGACUUACUGAGCAAGAAAGGCAAGAAUGGCAGCUUUUUAUUACGAGAGAGCGAGAGCAUGGAAGGAGCCUUAUGUCUUUGUGUUUUCUUUGAAAAGUUCAUCUACACUUAUCGAAUCUACAGAGAACACGAAGGUUACCUUAGGAUUCAGACUUCUGAAGAUGUUCCACAACGGGUCUUCAAAACAAUAAAGGAUUUAAUAUACAACUAUGAAAAGCCAAAUCAAGGACUAAUCAUCAAUCUUCGCUACCCAGUAAAGAGACCAAAGCCCCCAAGGAGAGUAAGACACUCCAGGGUAGUUGUGGAUGAAGAGUAUGAUGAAGUUGAAGAUCCAGAUUAUGUUGAUGUUUUACCUUAAAUCAUCUGGGAACUAGUUUUGGUCAGAAUCCAUCUCUUAUCCUGCCUUCCAUCUCAGCAGAUCAAAUAUAAAGAACUUGCUCUCAGAACUUUUCCUUGCACAUACCACAUCUGCUGGCUGGACAUUAUCAUCAGUGGAUUUGUGCCACUCCUCAAAGCAACAGACUUGUAUUCUGUGGGACACAAUACAAGUUAUAUUUAUUUUAUUC